GGUGCUGCAGUCCAUGGGGUCCCAACGACUGAGUGACUGAACUGAUUCUGCUCCCCAUCACUUGUCUUUAAACAUUCUUCCUAGUAAUUUUGAAACACAUUAAGAGGCUUCAUUGUGUUUGAAGAAACCAAACCUCAGAGAAGGGAGAACUUGCCCAGUGGGUCCUUUUACCACCUGUCCCUCAUCACUCCAAUACUUCAUGGAAUUUAACUCCUAGGGUCAGGGACAGAUAAACAAUCUUGCUGGCUCUGUGUCUUGUUUUCUCAGCAGAUCAUAGCCUCCUCAACUAUGUCUAGGAUGGUGUAUCAGUAUGUUCGCCAGUUUGGUCAGAAGCUGGUCCACAGGCGAGGGGCAGACACCAUAAAGGAGUCUGACGGUCUCAAGAUUCAUCUGAGCGCCACAGAGCUGGUGUUCUUGGGUGUGGGCAGGAACCUGGGAGCCGGCCUGUACAUCGUGCUUGGUGCAGUGGCCAAGUACAUAGCUGGACCAGCGAUUGUCAUCUGCUUCUUGGUGGCCGGCCUGUCUUCUCUGCUGUCGAGGCUCUGCUAUGUGGAGUUUGAUGCACGGGUACCACGCUCCUCUUCUGCGUAUGUCUGCAGCUACGUCAUGAUGGGACAGCUCUGGGCCUUCGUUGUUGGCUGGAACAUCAUACUGUUAUUUUUAAUUGCCAUUGCAUGUACAGCCCGCGCCUGGAGGUACGCCUUUGACAGCCUCAUUGGGGACCGCAUCUCUCAGAAAUUGGAGGAAACUGUCCCUCUGCAUGCACCCUACUUUCUGGCCACGGAUGCAGACUUUUUCGCACUGGGCCUGGUGCUGCUGCUUGCGGGUGAGUCAGCGGUUAGAUAUAAGAUGUGAUGAGGGGACUCCUAU